GAAGCACCUUUCAGUUGGUCAGGGCUAUGAUGAUUGUUAAGUACAACAGCAAAACUUUUAUUAUGGAUACUCUCCUUAUAUGAUUUUUUUUAACCUUUGAUCUAUUCAUCGACUCUUGUUUAAAGAGGUUUAAGUACUUGUGAACUAAAGACCCAACACAUCUCUCAAGAUGGAUAAGUUUCGUAUGAUGUUCCAGUUUCUCCAGUCCAACCAGGAGUCUUUUAUGAAUGGAAUCUGUGGUAUCAUGGCACUAGCUAGUGCUCAAAUGUACUCAGCGUUUGAGUUCAGCUGUCCCUGUAUGCCAGAAUAUAACUACACCUAUGGGAUCGGACUGCUUCUUAUUCCUCCCAUAUGGUUCUUUUUGUUAGGUUUUGUAUUGAACAAUAAUGUGUCAGUGUUGGCAGAGGAGUGGAAAAGACCCACUGGGAAAAGAACGAAGGAUCCAACAAUCCUGCGCUACAUGUUUUGCUCAAUCACACAGAGAUCUUUGAUUGCCCCUGCAGUGUGGGUGUCUGUCACUCUCAUGGAUGGGAAGAGCUUCCUCUGCGCUUUCAGCAUCAACUUGGAUAUUGACAGGUUUGGGAAUUCCAGUGUUAUUCAAGGAAUGUCAGAGACGGAGAAGUUAAAAUUCCUGGCACGUAUCCCUUGCAAAGACCUGUUUGAGGAUAAGGAAUUAAGAGAGGCAGCAUCAAGAUACAUCAAGUGUAUAUCUCAGGCAUGCGGAUGGAUGGUUUUGCUCAUGAUGACCUUCACUGCCUUCCUGAUCCGAGCUAUUCGGCCAUGCUUCACCCAGGCUGCCUUCCUCAAAACCAAAUACUGGUCCCAUUAUAUUGACAUUGAACGCAAGAUGUUCGAUGAAACCUGUAAAGAGCACGCCAAGAGCUUUGCCAAGGUUUGCAUCCAGCAAUACUUUGAGAACAUCAGCGGAGAGAUGCGAAGCUUCCACCGCCAUCACAGCAAACAUGACAGCGACAACGAAGAUGAAGACGCGUGGAAGAGUGAUGAGGAAAAGCUGUUGGGUAUCAGAGCCCAGGAUGAUAUGAACAAAGUUUUGUGGAACUGGCACACCUGUAAGCCACCUCUGGCUCUGAGAAAAGAACAUGAAGAUGGUGAAAAAGAGGGGGAAAUGAAUGGAAACAUUAAUGGGGAAGUAAAUGGGUUUGUAAAGAGCCACACUCACGAUGUGGAGAAAAAAGAGUGGGCGGUGUAUUACAGUAAGGUCUAAAGAGUUCAAAGAGAAAUUAUUUUUUUCCAGAGUAUUUUAUUUGCGAAAGAUAGAAUAUAUAUUAUUGCAUUCUGCACUGCAGUUUAAGCUUUAUUUAAAUGCACACUAUUUUAACUGACUGGUUGACUGAUGGUAUAAUGUAUAUGUAUGUAGCUAUGUAUAAUAGAUUUUAAGAAAACAAAAAGUGACAUAUUUCUGGUUCACACACAGUUCAGUUUACACAGAACAUGUCUGGCACUGGGUGUAAUCCAAAGUCUGUUGUUUUCAUUUCUGUGUUUUAUCUGUUUGUCAUGAAUUAUUGUCGAAAACACACUCUCAUCGUUUCCCAAGAGACUGAGCUUGGCGGAAAUCUGAAGUCUGUAAAUUCUAGGCUGCUAAUAAGUGCUGCUUUAUCAGGCUGAUAGAAAAGCAUUAUUAGAGCACACUGGAGAGUUCUCAUUGAUAACACUAAUGAAUGUUUGUAUUGCUCUCAAGUGCAAGGCCACCAUAAAUACUCCCAGAGCAGAACUAGACAGAAAUUAAAACAUAGCUCAGAAGAGCUCCGUGUACAUCAAGCACCCACUGUGUCUCGUGCAACCUCUAUCUUAAAAAACAAUGAAAAGUUGAUCUUGUUAGUGAUAAAGGACACUUCUUGCUUAUUUCUGUGUACACAGAGAUUUUUCUGAUUGCUCUGAUGCUUCUUGCCUUUUCUGCUGUGGCCUGUAGACUAAUAAUGGCAGCUAACUGAGGCUGCUGUGCACCUGAGAUUACUACGUGUAUUUUCUCUGAAUAUAACGCUACAGAGAUACUGCAUUUGCAAUAAAGCAAACCUAAGAUUUAUGCAAAAACUAAAGGUUGCCGCAGUCAAAACAAUUUACAUGUCACUGCAAAAACAAGGUCUACAUUUGCAUCUUCUUUAUUUGCUUGCUCAGCCCCAAUUCUGUCACUCACUCCUUGGUAAACCCAAUUUUACAAUC